UCAGCCGUUGAUCACGCCCCUAUCCGGAUCGGGUCCAUUCAUGAGUCGCAGGCACGUUGUCUCUCGUCUUUUUUUCCGUGUUUGAGCUGCAAAGAAGAGACUAUCAUGCCCGGACUUCUGCUCGGAGACGUGUUCCCAAACUUUGAGGCCGACACCACCAUCGGCAGAAUCAAGUUCCACGAUUUCCUGGGCAGCUCAUGGGGUGUCCUGUUCUCCCACCCAAAGGACUUCACUCCUGUCUGCACCACUGAGCUCGCAUGUGCUGCUAAGGUCAGCGAUGAGUUCAAGAAACGAGGUGUGAAGAUGAUUGCUCUGUCCAUUGACAGUGUUGAGGAUCACCACAACUGGAGCAAGGAUGUGAUGGCAGUCAGCAGUUCAACUGCAAAAACUCUGCCAUUCCCCAUCAUCGCUGACCACAACAGAGCGCUGUCCAUCGAGCUGGGCAUGCUGGACCCCGAUGAGAGAGACAGCGAUGGGCUGCCCCUGACUGCUCGCUGCGUCUUCGUGAUUGGCCCUGACAAGAAGAUGAAGCUGUCCAUCCUCUACCCCGCCACCACAGGAAGGAACUUUGAUGAGUUGCUCCGAGCUAUCGACUCUCUGCAGCUCACGGCACAGAAGAAGGUUGCCACACCUGUCGACUGGAAGCUUGGUGACAAAGUCAUGGUCAUUCCUUCACUCUCUGAUGCUGAAGCUGCUGCUCUUUUCCCAAACGGCGUGACCACUAAAGAGGUGCCUUCUGGGAAGAAUUACUUGCGCUACACCCAGCCCUAAAGAAACACUAGGGACGAAAAUCUUUGUAUAGAUUACUACUCUUUGAUAAAUGGAAAUCAUUGGAUGAUAACACAUAAAACUGACCAAUCAAUAAACACACUUUUCACAUA